UGAGGUGGUUCGCGUUGCGCAUGCGCGAGCGCGCACGCGCGCGCGUCCAAGUUGCCGAAGGAAGCCCGCCGGUAAGCGGCUUUCAUUGUGUCAUUUGGCCCCGGUGCCCUCGGCGGACUCCGAGCCAAACGCAGGCGCCACCGAGAGAGGCGGGGGGUUUUUUUUGGGUGGGGGGGGGGGUCUGAAAAUGUUCCUUUUCAGCAACGCCGGCGGCUCUUGAAGGAAACUUUUCCUUCGGUUUAUCGUCCACCGAGAGCGCUUUGUGAAUCUUCUUUCGUUCUCAUGAGAGCCCCAGGGCGGGGCCAGGGGGGCGCAGCAGAUGACGGACAACGCCGCCCCCGGGGGCUCGCCGUCUCCCUCGGUGCGGGGCCACAACGUGGCGGCUCUGGUGCUGGGCGUGCUGCUGAUCGCGGUGAUCGUGGGAGGCAACGCGCUGGUGUGCGUCAGCGUGCUGACCGAGAAAGCCCUCAAGACCACCACAAACUACUUCAUCGUCAGCCUGGCGGUGGCCGACCUGCUGCUGGCCGUGCUCGUGCUGCCCCUCUUCGUCUACUCCGAGUUCCAGGACGGCGUGUGGACGCUGAGCACGGGCGUUUGCGACGGCCUGAUGAGCAUGGACGUCAUGCUGUGCACCGCCUCCAUCUUUAACCUGUGCGCCAUCAGCGUCGACAGGUUCAUCGCGGUGCUGAUCCCGCUCAACUACAACCGCAAGCACGUGGACCUGCGGCAGGCCGUCCUGCUGUCGGCCACGUGGCUCCUGGCCUUGGCGGUGGCCUCCCCCGUCAUGCUGGGCGUCAACCAGGUGGCGGGUCGGCGCCCCGGCGAGUGCAAGCUGGAGAACGCCGACUACGUGCUGUACUCGUCCGUGUGCUCCUUCUUCAUCCCGUGUCCCGUCAUGCUGCUGCUCUACUGCGGGAUGUUCCGCGGCCUGCGGCGCUGGGAGGAGGCGCGCAAGGCCAAGCUCAGGAGCAGCAUCCAGGCCUGCCGCCGGGCGCAGGCCGACCGAGGCGUCGGCCUGCCGCCGCUUUUACCGCCCGUCAUCGAGCGGGAGCCGGACGACCGAGCCGCCGCCGCCGCCGCCGCCGCUCCCCCGUCCUCGGGACGAGCGCCGACGGUCAGCUUCGCCGAUGUCAAGUUCAACCCCCAACCUCGGCGCAGGAGCAGGGCCAAGAUCAACACCCGCGAGAGGAAGGCCAUGAAGGUGCUGCCUGUGGUCGUAGGCGUGUUCCUGCUGUGCUGGACGCCGUUCUUCGUGCUGCACAUCGUGCGCGCUCGCUGCCAGGCGUGCGAGAUCCCGCCGGCCGCCAUGAGCGUGGCCACGUGGCUGGGCUACGUCAACAGCGCGCUCAAUCCCGUCAUCUACACCGCCUUCAACGCAGAGUUCCGACGCUUUUUCAAAAACUUCCUGCGCCGCGGCUGCUGUUACUGUUGCUGCUGCUACUGUUCCUGCCGCCGCGGCGCCGCAUGAGCCCGCUCGCUCUUCGGUGCUGUCGUGGUUUGCUAGCGCACUGUAGAUGGGGAACUUUUUUGGUUUUCUAAGUCAGGAAUCUUUUCACAAUAAAAGCUUUCAACGCAA